AUGUCGAAGAGAAGUGAAUUAUUGCAAAAGCUAACGAGCAUAAGUAAAGAGUGUUCCGACAUAGAAUCAAAUGCAGAAAAUUGGGCACAAUCAUUUGAUGAUGAAUUGGAUUAUAUUCACGUGAAUCAUCUAAUUCUGAGGGUAGCGAUGAAGGUGAUAACUAUUGAUGAAAAUGAAAGUGUAUGCAGGAGGGUGCUAAGUGGCCCAGAAACUGAUGAAAGAAUUCAAGGAACAGAAACAGCUCUCGAUGGUACUGUAUGGACAAAAAUUGCCGAAGGUGGUACUCCAGGAAGGUCAUCAUCUGUGUUUUCAAGGUGCACAGAAGAAGAGGGCAGUCAAAUUUUGGUGUACGAUUGGACAACAUCGUUACAGGAAAUAUUGAAUGCAUUUAUUGGAAUUUUAUAUGCUUGUGGGGCCUAUGAGGCAAAAAAUUUGAAAUUGACUUACUUAUGGUCAGCAAAGAAGACAUGA